AUUCUCGGGCCAGUGCAUGUUUGCCGGUAGUCGGAUAACCGUUUAAUGCUGCAAACCUAUUUUAUGCCGGUAGUAUACUAUAGUAGUAAGGUAUGAUCGUGACAGAAUUGUCUUAGACUUUGGAAAUCUUGCCUCUGUUUGCGUUUGAGUGGUGUCACUGUCGAGGGGGAAACUACAAAACUACUUAUUGAAUUCCAGCAGCUUGAUAUCUUGAUGGCUGACACACGGAGGGUUCCAGUCCAGCUGAGGCUGAUGACCUAUCUAUGCCCAGGCCUACCUGUUGAGAUCUUUGAGAUGGUUGCCAACUAUCUGGAGGAUAAGAUGAAAUGCCCAGUCUACCUCAUCUAUGAAAGCCGAUGGCCCGGUCCUCCUGCCGAUAGACCAGACCCAUUCACAUUGGAUCAUGUUGAUAUAGCUUUCAUGAAUGCAGAGCCUUUUAUGAGGUUACUUGAAAGGGUCAAAGACCAGGCUGAAUUACUUCCUGUGGCACCGCUCUCGCCACACCCCAAGUCAAACAACAAACCUGUCUACUUUUCAGAUGUAAUAGUUCAUGCUGAUAACUGUGAAAAAUAUAAAGAGUUCAAGGAUAUGAGAGGGGUAAGAUGGGCCUACUCCAGUCCUAAUUCACCCAGUGGAGUCCUGACUACACUGAAAGAGCUCAAGAAGAGAGGAGAAAGUGUUAUGUUCUUUGGUCACAUAGUUCAGUCAGGAUCGCAUGUGAAAUCAAUUGAGAUGGUUGCUGACAAGACAGUAGAUGCUGCCGCCAUCAACUCCACCACCCUUAGCUAUCAGAUGAAGAAACAUCCUUCACUCGCAGAGAAACUACACAUCAUGGAAUCCUGGGGACCUUUACCAGUACAUCCCAUGGUGGUCAACUCAAGAAUGUCAGCUGAACUGAAAAGUGAGAUCGCCAACCAUCUACUCAACAUGCACAAAGAGAAAGUAUGGAAGAGGAGAAUGGAAGAUUUUACAUUAAAGCAGUUUGCACCCGUUACCAUGGAUACGUACAAAGAAGGUGAUGAACUCCGUAAAGAAGUCAGUAAGCUCAGUAUUGAAGGUACUGUGUACUAUUAACAUCCAACUUGGAGCAUUGCUGCCUGUGCGUCUACAAGCAUUUGAAAUUCCAUCACUAAGAGACAAUGGUUUGUCUUGAUAUGCAUGGUUUCUGUGGCAGUGAUGUACUAGAAAUACAGAGGUUGGGACAUUUUUUACAGUCCCACAUGCAGACUCUCAUGCACUCUUGCAAGAAAAAGAGAUCAAACGUGAGAUGGUUGAUCUAUAUAUUAAGCCAUAUAUUAUCUAGACUAAAAUAACAUACUCAUUGAAACCUGUAUAUAAACUGCCUUAUGGCUAAUUGAUACAUGAAAGGUAAUCAAAUGGUCUUAUGUGAAGGUUUCUUGAGAACAGUCUGCAAUAGAAUAAAAAUGAAAUAUGUGGUCUUUGUAAUAGACAGAUGGUCUUUCUUACAAGUUAUCCAAGCUUCAAUGCAAAAUAUUAUAAGAUUCUUUAUAAUGUGUAGUUUACAAUGUUAUGUUAAUGCACUAAUAAAAACAUAUUUCCAUAAUUUUUCCUUGUACCUGUAAUAAGUUUCAAGAACAUUAUAAUAAAUGAAGCUGCCAAUGGAGCCUGCCAUACUUAUGGAUGUAAUUCAUAAAUUUUGCAAAUUCUUUGAAUUGGUUAUUUAAACAUAAUUAUAUAAAUAGUAGAAGCCAUAGAUUGGGGUUACCACAUUAUGCUUUAUUUUCAGGAUAGGGUAUGUUGGUAAUGCUGUGUCUUGUUUGAAGAUAUGUUUAUAACUUACCUUUUCCAGUAUAAAUGCCAUACAAAUGGUCAAAACUAGUGAUUAUUAGUAGUUGAAUCUUUAUCAAGAAGCUCAAGUAUAUACGUGUACUAAGUUACAUUAUUUACACUUUUCUUAACAUCUGUCAUUUGAAAUUGAGAGACCUGUGUAGAAUUUGUAUUAUUUAAUGGGGCAAGUAAAUGUUUUUCAUUAACACUGGUUUAGGGCUUCCAGUUGGAUUUUUAUUUUUAACUAAAACCUUAUGAAAAUUUCAUCAGUGUUGCGUAUCAAUUUUUUUUUUUUACGAGACCUUUUAAAAAAAUAUUAGUAUUAGCAUAAACUCUAUCAGAGUGAUGACAUCCACAACACUGAUGAAAUACUCCUUUUUUUCCUUCAAAACUGUGGUUAUUAAAAUUGUUGAAAGAGCUGGAGUGGCUAUUGAAUUCCUUCACAUCUCAGAUGGUUAGAUGGAUUCCCAGUGUAGCUCAGGAAUUUAAUUUCAUUCCUAUUUACAAAAAAAUUCCAAUCCGUUCCUUUUGAAUUUUAUAUUUGACCAAAAUGUUUAAUGUAUCACUGCAUCUAUAAUUCAAAUUCAGGAAUGUUCAGGUAAAGUCAUUCAUUGUUAACCAACUUCAAGUAGCCUACUGAUUGAAGUUUAAUGUAAUGUCCAUAUCUCUGUUUGCCAAGCACAGUAAAAUGUCGGCUUUUCAAACAAUGCUACCUCACAAUAGCUUCUCAUGGUUUCAGGGCUAUAUGGUAGGCAUUAUUGAGGUGUGAUUAUAAAUAAACUAUUGGCAAUAUAAUGUUAAACCAGAACAAUGGAUUCGCUCUCAUUACCCAAUUGUUCUGCAUUGGUUACUCUGUUGUUUCCAACUAGUAGAGUGUAGUAAUUGAAUGCUGAUUGUCUCUACAUAGGUCCAUUGUCUGAGAUGGUAGACGGUGGUUUCUUAAUCAAGGGUGUGAAACUAGUUUGAUGCUCCAAUGCUCCCUUGGUAAAGCAUCAUUCCUUGUUACCAGGUCCCUUGGUAAGGGCUCAAAACUAUGGGUCCUGUUCCAAUUUACAAGCAAUGGUGCUUUCUUAGUGGCAGAAGACAAAGUAUUGAUUCCAAAUAUGUAAAUGUCAACUGCUGGGCUCCGCCUUCAAACUCUAAUCUUUGGAAUAGGGACUGGCUUUGGUUUUAAUCAUUGUACAAAUUAGUCAUGAGAAAUGAAUGUAAAUGAGCGCACAUUUACAAUAUCGCGUUUUCCAUUUUUUAUUGCAUUACAUGUAUCUAUGAAUUGAUUAUUUUAUAGAUUCAAGUGACUUUGGUCACUCUGUCACUGUUUUGGGAGUGUAGGCAAUGUUGUUACUAUGUUAUAUAUACGACCAAGUGUUUAGUGAGGAAAAAAUACCCGUCGUGGGUGUCUAGAUGACCACUUCAACAAGCACACUUUUAAUAGUGGACAGAGUAAGCCUGUUAGGAACUGUUAACUUAUAAUAAACAUGGUAUGAUGAUUGGAGAUAAUGAGUCUUAAUCUAUUA